AUGAAAUAUAAUUUUAAGCUGAUUCUUCUUCUACAGUAUUGUAUUUAGGUUAUAGUAUCACAGGACUAAUGCAUAUAGGGCUGUAUAAGCUGUAAUGCUGCUGAAUCUUUCUAAAAAUAAGAGUGCCUGCAGAGUGAUUAAGGUUAUUAAUUAGAUAAAUCAAAUAGUUUAUGCAUUUAUUAAUUGUGUGAUGAAAACUUAUACUACUAAACAAAUGCAGAUCCAACAAAAAGCCAAUGCUUAGCUAUUUGCAAUGAUUAUUAUUAAGCUAAUGAUAUUUAGAAUACAUGUAAUCUUUUAAAUUAAUGUCCUUAGAGUUUUAUUACAAGCUCUGAUUAUAGUAGCAAUACUAGUAUACUAAAUAUACUUUCUUAUUAAGAUAACUCCUAUCUUGUUUAAUAUAGCAAUUUUCUAAAUUAUGUAAAUAAAACAACAGGAGAAAUAAUCCUUAGAUUUAAUUAUGAUAGCAAUAAUUUAGGCGUCUACACUCUUAAUGGCAAUUUAUUUAUUAUUUUGAUGGAUUAUUCUAUCAAUUUAUGGGAAAUUGAAAAAAAUACAUAUUAAAAAUUAUGUUAAAUAAUGUUUGGAAAAUUAAGCAAUAAUACUCUUAUGUACUAUGUUGAAGAGGAAUAUUACUACAUUGUCACUUAUGACUUUUCAAAGAAUACAAAUUAUAUUAAUCUUUUCAACCUUUAGUAAGAAAUAAAAGUUAUUGAUUUGUAAUUAUCUAAUUCCUACUAAAAAAUUUUUUUCUUUUCUUAAUACAUUGUUAUUUAAGAUAAUACAAAAAUUAAGUUAAACUAGUUAAUCUUAAAAUAAGAAAAUAUAGCCAGCUUUUACUUAAAUGAAAUUACGCCAAAUUUUAUUUGUAAUAUUAUCACUGAUUAGGAGAUAAAGAAUUUGAUAUAUUCACUAAAUAAUAAAAAAUACAUCUUUUUCUAGCAAAAUUAAUAAAAUUUUAAUAUUAUCGAUGAAGAAUAACAAAACUGUUUUGAAGUUAAAGUUGGAAAUCAAAUUAUGAAAAUUGAAUUAGUAGAAUCGUAAUAAAGUAAUGACUUAUUAAUUAUUUAACUUUAAACUCAAAUAAUUAUUAAAGCUAUUAGUGAUAUUAAUAAUAAUUUAGACUAAAUAUCAUUAAACGGAAAUCCUCUAAUCCUAGAUGUUUUGAUAAAUAAUAUUAAUCAAUAAAUGUUUAUUUUAACAAAUUAAAAUUAAAUUACAUGCAUUUAAUAAUAAAAUUAAAAUGGUAAAUUUUAAUACAAUGUAAUUAAAACUCUCCCUGUUUUAAUUAAAAAUCCCUAAUAAUUAAUAUAUCCAUCAUAGAGCAAUUAAAUUUAAAACAUUUUUUUCACUAUUGGAAAAGACUUCUAAUAAUUUUAUUUUAGCUAUUCUGACAUAUAAGUUGGAUAUAUUUCUAAAAGUUUUAGGUAAUCUUAUUUAUCUAAUAAAGGAUUAAUUAAUAAAAUUAUUUAUGAAAAUAAUUAAUCUUUAUUAUAUGUUUGCUCACAAGAUGGGAUGCUAACAGUAUGGAAUAUUAUUACAUAAUUUAAUGCUGAAUACUAUAAGGAAUACUUGUUUAAAAAUGAUAGUUGUAGAGAUUUUGUUUAGCUUUAAAAUACGAUUGCGGCUGUUUUAUUACAAUAUUCUAUUGUUAUUUUUGAUUUGAAUGACUAAAGCAAAAAGACUGUAUUAACUUAAACAGAUAUGCAAUUUAUUUAAUAAUAUUCUCUUUCUACUAAUGGGUAAUACAUUUUAAUUCAUCUUGAUUCAUGCACAAAGAUAAUAGAUAUUAAUCUCAAUAUUUUAGUUGAUAAAUGCAUUGCUCAAAAUAUUGUAAAUUCUGAAAUAUCUUCUAAAUAAAUAAUUUAUAUUUAUGGGUAAUAGUUUAUAAAUGCAUAUUAAAUAGAUUUAACAAAUAAUGAUCUAAUAUUGCAGAGUUAUUCUAUUCAAAAUUGUCAGAAUAUAGUAAACUUCUUUUUAGACGAAAGUAUUCCUAAUUAAAUUUAAAUAAUCUACUUUGAUUCAAUUUUGUAAUAGCUAUUUGUAUUGGAUGAUAAGUUGAACAUCUAAUUUCAAGCUUAAUUAAAUUCAAUAUCUAAAUUCAUUAGUAUUAAACCCUUCAUAGAUUUAAAUUAGCAAACUACACUUUUUUUGGUUUAUAAGACUAGUGUAAUAACAUAAGGUAACUUAUAUUUUAUAGCUGCCAUAAAUGAGAUAGGUAAUUAAUUUACGCAAAUCUAAAACAUGACAAAUAGUUUAGGAAUUUACUAAGUAGAUAAUUAUUUAAAUUAUAAUGGAUAGCUUAUAUUUAAUAUGAUAUUAGCAUCCAAUAAUAUUACAGACUCUUUAAUUUUUACAAUAUAAUGGAAUGCUGUUUAAGGUACAUCUAAUAUAGAAUAACUAAUCGUAAAUACUGGAGAUUAAUUUACUUUUCUUACCUCCUCCUAUAAUACCUAAUUUAUUUACACAGGAAGUAAAAGUGGAUUUACAGGAAUAAGUUCAUCUACUUCUAAAUAUGCAAAUUUAAUUUACUAAAAUCCUCCUAAUGAUACAAACAAUAUAUAGUAAGUAGUAUAAAGUUAUCAACUAAAUAGAAUAUUUGUUGUAAAAAAAAAUAUUAAGGAAUUUGAUUUAAUUUUGAAUACUUAUAUUGAAGACAUUUCUUUUGAUGAUAUAAGUUAAAAUUAGAUAGAAUACGUUUAAGGUUUUAAGAUCUCUAAUAAUCUUCGAUUAAUUUCAUGUUAUAAAAGUCAGUCAUUUUUAGUAAAAUCUUAUAAUUAUACCACUCCUUAAGUCUUUAAACUUAAUAAUUUUGGGAUUAUAAGCAACUAUUAUAUAAAUGAGGAUUAAAACAUAAUCUUUAUUUAUGGAACAAAAUUAAGUAUAUUUAAUUUAGCUUUACAAAAUGAAUUUAUUAUAAUUCCCUCUAAUACUUAAAAUAAUUUAAUUGCUUAAUGUAUAUUCCCUGAUGGAUUAAUUAUCUGCAAAUAAGGAAACUAUUAGCUAAUAUUUUUGAAUAGUCUAGAUUUUACUAUAAUCAAAUAAUUCUAAGUUACAGGAAUAGAACUAGGAUUUUUUUUAAAUUUUGACUAAAUAAAUAACAGAUUUUAUAUCUAUAAGCAAACAAUAUAAGUGUAUACAAUUUUAGGCUAAUUUAUAUUUUCUUUGGAUCAACUUUAUCAAGAUAUCAUUGAGUUUAACUUUUAUGGAAAUUACAUCGCAGUUUUAACCAUAGGAAAUGGAUACAUAUAUGAUAGAGUGACAUAGAAUUAUGUCAGCACAUUUUUAAGUAGCUAAGGUGGAAAUAUUAUAAAAAGUAUUUACAUUGCUUAGUAAAAUCAUCUUUUGUUUUUUAGUAAUUAUGUAACUCGUGGAAUUUAGGUAUUUGAUUUAACGAACUUAAAAUCUAAGAACCCACUAUUUCUUUCUUUUAAUCCUUCAGUACAAAUUGUUGAUUUUGCUUAUGAAGAGUCUUGCUAAAUGCUGAUUAUUGUAAACCAAAUGGGUAAUAUAGAAGUUUUUAACUAUCCAUUAGGUUUAAGCUAUAAUUUUUUACCUAUUGAUUAAUUUCAAAAUAACAAAGCAUCAGGUUUUUCAAUAGAUUAUUUAACAAAUUCAUUAAUUGUUUAUAAUAUAAAUUUAGUAGUGUAAUUAAACUAUAAUCUUUUAACUCAAAAAAUUUAUUAAAUAGUCUAGCCAAUUUAAUAUUAAUAUAUCAUAAAAACAGAUUAAAAUAAUAAACACAGUUUUAUUACAGAUAAUAUUUUCUUCACUGCUGAUAAUUAAUUAAUACAUUAUGACUUUUAAAAUAAUUUAUUGCUUUAUAAUUUAACCUUAUCAGCUAAUUAAGUUGUAAAAAGCUUUUAAUUAGUAAAUGACUUGAUAAUACUUGGGACUUCUAUGGGUUAAAUUAUUACCUAUAAUUUAACUAAAAGGGCAUCAUUUAUUUUGAGUCUUUAAUAUAUCUAACCUGUUGUAAAUAUAUAGUCAAUAUCAACUUAAUUUUGGUUCUCUUAGAAAGAUGGUUCAAUUAACAUUUUCUAAAUAUAAAAUUUUAGUUAGUUUUCAUUACCAAGCUCAAGUUUUAAUUUACAAACUGUAACAAAGAACUAAAAUUAAGUAUAACUCAAUUUAAUUAUUUUGGAUGAAUAAUAUAACCGCUACUUUGUUUAAUUUGUAAAAUAAAAAAGAUGCAUUGUAAUUAAUAUGAUAACAAAUGCUAUUUUAUAAAACAUGUCUUUUCCAACAGAUGAAAUAAGCAAAAUAAUGAUAACUACAUAAUAUGUAAUUUUGUAUUCAACAGCAUAAAUAAAUGUUCACAGAAGAGAUAAUCUUUUUUUCUAAUAAUAAAUAAGAUGUAACAACAGAUUAGAUUAAAUAACAGACUUAAAAGUUCUAAAUGACUCUGUUUAUUUAAUUACUUUUACAAAUAGAAUAGAUAUUUACUUUUUAAUAGAUAAUUAAAAUACAAUAGAACUUGUUGAUUCAUUAAGCACUUAAUUUCCAGUGAUUAUAUAUUCUAAUUAUGAUUCAUCUAACACUCUUCUUAAUUUUGUAGGAUUUUCAAGUACAAAUAUCUUUGAAAAAAAAUAUUGGCUAGCAAGUUAUACUUUUUCUUCUUAAUGGUGUAGCUCAGUUGUAGAAGGUUCUACAAGUGUUUAGUUUUUAAAAAAUUUAAAUGAUUUAAAAGAUUCAAAUAUCAACAUGUAGCAAUAGUAGUUACUUUAUCUAAAUUUAUUUGAUUUUACUCCUAUUAACUCAAUUAAUUAAUAACUAACUUCUAUGAUUCUUUAAUCUUUUGACUAAAAAUCAGCUUUUGAUAUAAAUUAAUAAAGUUUUUAAAGUAUCUAAAGUGAUGCAUACCUUAAAAAUUUUGAUUUGAAUUUUACAGAGUAAGGAAUUUAUCAGUUUAGUAAUUAUACAAAAAAUAUAUACAUUUAGGAUUUAAAGAUUGAAUCAUAAAACAUUUUAAAUGUAUCAAUUAGUUUUUCCUAAAAAAAUUUAAUAGUUAUUAAUAAUUUAAUUUUAACGAAUGUUAGUGACAACUUUCCAAACAAAACAUAAAAUAGUUCAAAUUAAAAUUUAGAUUAAGAUUUUCAAAAUUUUUUGGACUUUCAAGAUUGUUAAAAAGUAAUAAUCUACAAUUUAUAGAUAUUCCAAGCAAAUAUAAAAAACAUUUAACAGUUUUUAAUAUUUUCAAGAAUAAAUUAAAUAGUCUUAAAAAAUGUUACUGUGAAAGAAUCGAAUUUUGAAAUAAUGGCCUUUUUUGAGAAUAUACAAAAUAUUAAUAUCGAAAAUAUUUAUUUGACAGUAUUCAAUAAAUAACCAUGGAAAAUACUAUAAUUUAAAAUCAAUCUAUUUCUGGAAUAUAAUUAAAUUUUAAGAAUCAAAAAAUAAUAGUAAUUAAUAAUUUGGUAUUAGAAAAUAUAUUUGACUCAAAGCAAAACUAAAGAUUUGAAAGUAGAUUUUAAAAUGACUAUUUCGUUCAUUUUUUUAAUUGUACUGAAAUUUAUAUUUACAACUUAAAAAUUAGAAAUUUACACAUUUAAAAUUUAACAACUUUAUUGUUGUUUGAAGAAAUUAAUUAAAUUUCAAUUGAUAACUUGA